AUGAUGAAGCCGGAGACUCACAUUUUCCUCUUUGGCGACCAAACCUAUGAUUUCGUCCCGGAUCUUCGUCGGCUGCUCAGCUGCAGGAGCAAGCCUAUCCUCGCUGCCUUCCUCGAGCAGUCUCACUUUGUCAUCCGCGCCCAGAGCAACCUUUGGUGCUCAUCUGCUGAGCGACAAGCAUCGCGGAGUUCCAGUCUCUCGCAUCUGCUGCAAAAGUACUGCGAAGGCAGCUUGAGCCCAGCCUUCCAAGUAUCGCUACAUGCUCUAACUCAAUUGGGCUCGUUUAUCUGUCAUUAUGAAGAGCCUGGCGCCGUGUAUCCCUCUCCAGGGUCAACCUACCUAAUUGGCCUCUGUACGGGCUCGCUGGCGGCAGCAGCGAUUGCCUCGUCCAGCUCCUUGUCUGAAUUGCUGCCGGCUGCGGUGCACACUGUUCAGGUCGCGUUGCGCCUUGGUCUCCUCGCGGUCGAUGUGAGGGAUCGCAUUGGGCGCCCGGAGGCUGGGCAGCCAAACGAGUGGUCGAUGCUGUUCUUUGGAUUGGACGAGCAGACAGCUAUCCCCGCUCUAGAAGAGUUUAUUCGCACCAAAUGUGUGUCGGAGCUAUCCCGGCCUUUUGUGAGUGCCCAGGCGGGCAAAGCCUUGACUAUCAGCGGGAACCCCGCCGUGCUGGAAGAUCUUCGCUCCGCCCCGGUGUUUACUCAGUACCGGUCCAAGCCCAUUCCCAUCUUCCUCCCUGCCCAUGGUAGCCACUUAUUCUCUAAGAAGGAUGUAGAGACAAUCCUUGAAACCACUGUAUCAGCUCAGUGGUCCGGCUUCAAUGCCAAACUUCCAGUCAUUUCCGGCGCCACUGGCAUGCCGGUCUGGGCGGGCGGAUUCGUCGCCCUCCUGGAACGCGCCCUGGGCGAUUGCUUGCUGGAAUCUAUCCGAUGGGACAAAGUCGUGGGUAAUUUCCGCUCCAUUGUGGGUGGAAGUGGGACAGAGGCUAUUACCAUCACGCCUAUCGCAACCAACCUGGAGCAAAAUCUGUCUGCCGGCCUGAAGGAAUUGGCCAACAUUCAGGUCCAGCCACUGGACGGACUACAGGAGACCGGUUUCCAAUCGACUCCCCGGGCUAAAUCGAAGCUGGCUAUUGUGGGUAUGUCUGGCCGGUUCCCUGAGUCCCCUACACCAGAGGCAUUCUGGGAAAUGCUCUACGAAGGGCUGGACGUCUGCAAAGAGGUUCCCCAGAAACGGUGGGACUGGCGAACCCAUGUCACCGCCGACGGCAAGGGCCACAAUCUGGGUGGCACGAAAUGGGGAUGCUGGCUGGACUUUGCAGACCAGUUCGACCCGCGUUUCUUCAGUAUCUCGCCCAAGGAAGCGCCGCAGAUGGAUCCCGCGCAACGUAUGGCACUCAUGACAACCUAUGAGGCGCUUCAGGGAGCUGGCUUUGUGUCCAAUACCACACCUUCAAGUCAGCAGGACCGGGUUGGGGUUUUCCACGGUGUCACCAGUAACGACUAUCUAGAGUGCAACAGUGGACAGUACAUCGACACUUAUUUCAUCACCGGCGGCAACCGUGCCUUCAUCCCGGGCCGUAUCAACUUUUGCUUUGAGUUCACGGGACCUAGCUACACGAAUGAUACUGCAUGCUCGUCUAGUCUAGCAGCUAUCCAUCUGGCUUGUAACUCAAUCUGGCGUGGUGAUUGCGACACCGCGAUUGCAGGAGGCACGAACAUGUGUAUCAACCCAGAUGGCCACACUGGACUGGAUAAGGGUUUCUUCCUGUCUCGGACCGGUAACUGCAAGCCGUUUGAUGAUGCCGCAGAUGGUUACUGCCGAGGUGAAGCCGUAGCCACGGUGGUGAUCAAGCGACUGGAAGACGCCAUCGCGGAGAAAGAUCCCAUCCUGGGCGUCAUUCUAGAUGUGAAGACCAAUCAUUCCUCCAUGGCUGACUCGAUGACCCGACCGCAUGUUGAAGCCCAAGUGGACAACAUGAACUCUGUACUAUCCACCGUGAAUGUUGACCCCUCCGAGGUCAGUUACGUUGAGAUGCACGGAACUGGAACUCAGGUAGGCGACGCGGUGGAGAUGGCGUCUGUUUUGGGCGUGUUUGCUAAAGAUGAAACCGCCCGAUCGCCGGAAAACCCGCUUCAUGUGGGUACUGUGAAGGCCAAUAUUGGACACGGUGAAGGUGUAUCCGGCAUCUCCAGUCUGUGCAAGGUGCUCCUCAUGAUGAAGCACAAUACCAUCCCACCCCACUGCGGUAUCAAACCUGGCAGCCGCAUCAACCGCAAUUACCCGGAUUUGCCCGCACGUAACGUCCACAUCCCCUUCGGGCCCACGCCGUGGAAGCGAGGACACAGUACUCGCAAGGCUCUCAUCAACAACUUCAGCGCGGCAGGUGGGAACACAGCCCUUCUUCUGGAAGAUGCCCCCGUUCUGUCUCCCCCAGAAGGUCAGGAUCCACGUACCAGUCAUAUUGUGACCGUCUCCGGGCACGUGGCGGCCGCUCUCAAGAAGAACCUGGAAAAUUUGGUAAGCUACAUCCAGAAACAGGAACAGAACCCUGCCUUCUCGCUGGCACAGCUCUCCUGGACAACCACCGCACGUCGCCAACAGCACGUUUUCCGCGUCAGUGCGACUGGGGCAAACUUGGCCGAGCUUGCGAACAAAUUGCAGACGGCUCUGGAUCGUGGAGAUGGCAGUACACGGCCCAAGGCUAAGCCCAAGGUGCUCUUCGCCUUCACUGGGCAAGGGGCACAGUAUAUGGCAAUGGGCCAGCAGCUGUUGGAGACAUAUCCAGGCUUCCGAUCCGAUGUCGAGCACUUUGACUUCAUGGCCCAGGGGCUCGGAUUCCCAUCUUUCAUUCAGAUUCUACUUCAAAAGGAAGGAAGUAUUGACCAGUACCCUCCUGUCACCGUUCAGCUGGCUAUCACCGCCGUCCAGAUGGCUUUGGCCAACCUUCUGACCAGCUUCGGCAUCCGCCCGCAUGCUGUAACCGGACAUAGUCUGGGCUUCUACGCGGCGCUCCAGGUGGCUGGUGUGCUGACAAUUGCUGACACUUUGUUCCUGGUUGGUCGAAGAGCCCAGUUAUUGCAGGAGUUCUGCCAGCAGGGCACACAUUCUAUGCUGGCCCUGAAAGCUCCCCGCCAUACCAUCACUCAGUUGUUGGUAAACCAGCAAUGUGAGAUUGCUUGUGUCAACGGCCCAGAGGAUUUCGUAAUCAGCGGAUCCAACGCCCAAAUCCAGGCUGCCAAGGCUAUUUUCGCUCAGAAUCGCAUCACCUCCACCUUGCUGAAGGUUCCCUUCGCCUUCCACUCGGCGCAGGUCGACCCGAUCCUGGCUCCCUUUACUGUGGCCGCAGCAGGGGCCCGAUUCCAUGCGCCCACCGUACCCGUCCUCUGUCCCCUCACCGGCUCCGUUGUCCAGACUGAUGGUAUUUUCGAUGUCGAAUACCUCGCUCGGCACUGCCGUGAGCCCGUGGACAUGGCAGGAGCUCUCUUGGCAGGUCAAUCUGCCAAGGUCAUUGACCCCAAGACCUUCACGGUGGAGGUUGGCCCGCAUCCCGUGGUAUGCGGCAUGGUGCGAGGCACACUGGGGGCGGAGAUGCGAACUCUGCCGAUCCUCCAGCGCGGGGCAUCUGUCUGGCCUAACUUGACUGCUGCACUACAGGCCCUGUACGAGGCCGGCGCUGACCUGGACUGGGGCGUCUAUCACGCGCCCUUCUCCGCCGCACACAGUGUGCUUGAACUUCCUGCAUACGGUUGGGAUCUGAAGAGCUACUGGAUUGACUACGAGAACGACUGGUGUAUCUACAAGCCCCACGGUCGGCAUAUUACCGACACUGAAUCCAAGGCUCCAGCACCAAAACCGCUUAACAAAGCCACCACACCCGCUCCACCCAAAACGACACGACCCCUCGUGCCUGAGCCUCAAACCAGUACGGUGCACCGCAAGGUUCAGGAAACCACGACUGGAGGCCAGAUACGUGUGGUAUUCGAGGGAGAUAUCAGCCGGGCUGAUAUCAAGAACCUGGCUGCAGGCCACAUUGUUAAUGGAAUCCCCUUCACGGUUCCUUCAUGGUUUGCAGACAUGGCUCUCGUUGUUGGAAAGUACGUCCAUCAACGCUUUGCUCCGGACCGUUCUAUCAUCCUCGACGUGGCAGAUGUUGUCGCUGACAAGGUGCUGGUGCCGCAUGCCCGUGGACCCCAGCCAGUUCGAGUCUCUCUGAAUGCGCAGUUUACCCACAAUAUGCCCGAAAGUCUACGCGAAGGAAAAAUUGAGUUCUACAGUGUUGAUGCGAAGGGAAACACCACCUCCCGACACGGCUACGGUGUCUUGCGUUUCGCAGAUACUUCUCUCUUCCAGACUGUUCAAGCAAGUAUCCCAGACUACCAGUCUCGCAUUCAGCGGCUCCGCAACGAUUUAUCCCAGGAUGACCUCUUCCGCUACAACAAGAAGAGUGGGUACCGCCUGAUGUCGCGCGUCGCAGACUUCGGUCCGGACUACAAACUACUCGACGACCUCGUCGUGAAUGAGAACACCCUGGAAGCUACAUGUAUCGUCAACUUUGCUACUGUCACUCCUGGGGGCUCCUUUGCGGCGCAUCCAGGUUGUGUAGAUGCCAUCACUCAAGUGGGAGGUUUCGCUAUCAAUGCACGGGAGUGCAUGGACCUGGAUGUGGAGGUCUUCAUCAGCCAUGGGUGGCAGGGUCUCCAGCUGUAUGACGAGAUUAAGACGGAUAGAAAGUAUGAAGUUUACGUGCAAAUGUACGCUGAUGGGCAUGAGUUCUACCGAGGCGAUACCGUUGUCUUGGAUCAGGGGAAGCUGGUUGCUUUCUUCAAGGGUGUUACCGUCCAACGUAUGCUACGCAAGUAUCAAAAAGUGGUCACACAGUCGCUCCACCAGAAGAGCGGUUCAACUAAGAAGGUCGAAAAUGGCGCGUCCAGAGCACCCGCGGCCGCACCGCUGAAGGCGCCCGUGGAAACACGCCCCCUCGCAGCUCCGACUCCUGUGGCCGUUCAACCGCAACAACCGAAACCUGUUGUGAAGCCUACCGUCUCCCAGCAAUCUGAAAGAUCGGUCCCCAAGGCGUCCGCUGUACCCUCUUCUGUGCCAAAGACCAACAAGCCAGCGCCCCCAGUUAUCGCACAGGUCAUGGCUAUUGUAGCCGAGGAAAGUGGAAUUUCUGAGGACGAGUUGACCGACGACAGCAACUUUGCCGACAUUGGUAUCGACUCUCUGUGUUCGAUGGUGAUUGGCAGUCGGCUGCGGGAGGAUCUGCACUUGGACCUAGCCGCUGAUUUCUCUAUCUUCGUCAACUGUCCUACGGUGAAGCAAUUGAAGGACUUCCUCAUUGAACUUGACGGGGGCUCCGAAUCCUCAGCAGCGCCGCAUGAGGAGCCCAUCGAGUUGCCUGUACAGGCUAAACAUGUCGAGAUUGAGCCUAUCGAAGAGCCUGUCCUCAUCUCAGCCCCGAUCUCCACCGACAGCACCCGCCCGGCAUCCUUGUCCUCAUUCACCCCCUCAGUACGGGAGUUCAAGGCAACAACCAAAUCCGACGAUGAAAGCACUCGAGUACCAUCUUACAACCCUUCGUCCUCAUCGGGAUCAGACUUGAAGGCUCCUCUGGCAGUAGCCGUUAAUGAAACCGCCAGGUACGAUAUUGAUUUCCAUUCCGCCGCGCUUGCUGACGAUGCAUGCUCAUCGAAGCCCAGAUCCGAACCUAGGACAAAAAAAACCGCAAUGGCGAGUACGCUGGUCCAGAAUGCGCUCGCAAUUGUCUCUGACGAGAGUGGCCUAAGCCUGGAGGACUUGACCGAUGACAGCAACUUUGCAGACAUUGGGGUGGACUCGCUUUGCUCGAUGGUCAUUCAGAGUCGGCUAAGGGAAGAGUUAGCGGUGGACUUGGAUGCAGACUUUUCAAUCUUCAUCAACUGUCCCACCGUUGCAGACCUAAAGGUCUUCCUGGCGAACACAGAGGGUGGUGAUUCUGACCUGCAGGACACUAGCAUCAGCGCCUUUGACUCCCCAGAGACAUCCUCUCUGAUAACUCCGGACGAUAGCGCUAGCGAUGUUGAUUCUGAUGCCGACCUAACCCAGAACUUAUCCUCUGAAUGCCGCGCCGCGACCUCGGUAAUUCUCCAAGGUAUCCCAAAGCUGGCGCCCAAAACCCUUUUCCUCCUCCCUGAUGGCUCUGGCUCUGCAACCUCCUACGUCCAGAUUCCCCGCCUCUCCGUGGAUGUAGCUCUAGUCGGCUUAAACUGCCCCUACGUUCGCAGUCCGGAAGAGUUAAACUGCACGCCUGCUGCCAUGGUCUCCAGCUUCUGUGACGAAAUCAGGCGUCGUCAGCCCAUUGGCCCCUACCACCUCGGCGGCUGGUCCGCCGGUGGUGCGUUCGCCUUCGCAUGCGCCAGUCACCUCAUCCAAUCCGGCGCCGAAGUCCACAGUCUAAUCAUCAUUGAUUCACCAGUCCCGCGCAAGCUCGGGACUCUUCCUUCGGGCUUCUAUGAGUACUGCGGUCGACGAGGCUUGUUCGGAAGCGAGAUCCCGCCCGCUUCGCUGAUUCCGCACUUUUUGCGGACGAUGGAGACAAUGCUGCCAUAUAAGGCUGUGCCUCUUGUGACUGGAAAAAUGCCGAAUGUGGGGUUGAUCUGGGCUUCUGAGACCGUUAUGGAUGCAAACGAUGCACCUGAUUUGGGGCUCAAGAUGGGCCGUGAUCAUUUCAUGCUGAAGCGGAGAGAAGACUUCGGGCCUGAUGGAUGGGAUAAACUAUUACCGGGUGCGGAUUUCUUACUCGAUAAGGUGGCCGCUGAUCAUUUUACCAUGAUGCAAAAGAAGCAUGCUGGACAGAUUCGCAAUCUGAUUGAUCAAGUUCUCGCGCAGAGCUAG